GUCGUGUGCACGCGCGAGCGCGGUAAGAACGGCGCGCUGAUGAACCUGCUCGCCGCGAGAGGCGCGCGGUGCGUCGAGCUGCCGCUCGUGGAAGCCGUCCCGGGCGAAGACGCGGCGACGUUUCCCGACGUGCUGAAGCGCGAGAGCUGGGAUUGGGUGUGCGUCACGAGUCCAGAGGCGGCGAAGGUAUUUUUAGAGGCGUACGAGAGGGCCGGUAGGCCGAGCGGGGUGCGAGUGGCGGUCGUCGGCGCCGGGACGGGGAAGGUGCUCGCGAAGGCGGAGCCGACGACGUUCGCGAUGGAUAAACAGUUCACCCCGAGCAAAGCCACGGCGGCGACGAUGGCGGCCGAGUUACCGUGCGAUCAGGGGUCGUUGAUACUGUACCCGGCGAGCAAGAAGGCGGCGACGACGCUGCAGGAUGGAUUAGAAGCGCGCGGGGCGACGGUGGUGCGCCUGAACACGUACUCGACCGAGCGCGUCGAGCGACUGAGCCCCGAGGACGUCGCCGCCGCCGUGCGCGCCGACGUCGUCACUUUCGGAAGCCCCAGCGCCGUUCGCGCCUGGGUCGAGCUCUGCGGCGACGCCCUGUACGAGCGUCUCACCGCCGACGCGCGCGCGCUCCAGCCCGCCUACGUGUGCAUCGGCGAAACCUCCGCCGAGGCGUGCGCCAACUGCGAGCUCCCCGACGUCUUCUACCCCGAGCUCCCCGGCAUCGAGGGCUGGGCCGAAACCGUGUUCCUAGCCCUG